CAAUCGUUCAACCAUCAACAAUCAAACCAAGCACGAACAUGCGUGGAUUUCUAAUUUUAUGUGCCUUUGUUACUGUAACAACUGCUGCGCCACAGCAGGGAUACCAGUAUGGUGCCCAACCAGUUGGUGGUCAAUUGCCGCAUGCGUUGCCACAGUCCGAGGUCCAGUAUAGUGCCAUGACAUCGCAAACUACUGACUUUUUGAAGGAUUUGCAAACCGUUAUGGCUGUACAGUCGGGUAAUCUGGCGCCAAACUUUGCAAGCAGUACCCAGCAUCAAGUGGUUGCUAAUGCUGGUGGCGCAGCAUCUGCUCGUAUGUCCGUGGGUCAGCCUCAGGCUCGCUACUUGGCACCUGAACCUGUACCAGGGGUUAAUUCUUUCCACCAACAACAGGUUCCGCAUCAACAGAUUCCACAACAGCAGGUUCCACUGCAACCGGUUCCCCAACAACUGGUUCCGCAGCAACAGAUUCUACAACAACAUGUUCCACAACAACAUGUUCAACAACAAAAUUUUCUACAACAUCAAGUUCUACAACAAGUUCCACAACAGCGGGUUCCACUGCAACAGCCACAACAAGCGCAACACUUGCAGCAACAAAAACAACAGGCUCCCGAAUCUGAAACCGUCAUUUCCAAACGUUUUUACCUCCACGCUGCACCCGAAGACGAUGAAGGCGAGGUGAAACAACAUCAUGUGACCGUGGGUAAGCCACGUAAAAACUACAAUGUCGUCUUCAUUAAAUCAUCCGAUAAGUCCAGCCCGAAGACGUCACUUAAAAUCACGCCCGCCGUUAAUGAAGAGAAGACCGUCAUUUAUGUGUUGAAUAAGAAGCACGACGCCACCGAUAUUGACACACAAGUAUAUGAGCCCGUCACCAGUACAGCCAAGCCUGAAGUGUACUUCAUUAAAUAUAAGACAGCGGAAGAGGCGGCGCAUGCGCAGCAAACUAUUCAAGCACAAUAUGAUGCUUUGGGCGGCUCGACACAGGUGAGUAAUGAAGGCGUUGCAGCGGAGAGCUCAGUUAUUGGUGCUCUAGAAGCCGCUGCCACCACUGCCAAGCAUACCGAGGCUGAGGCUGCCGCUGAGUCUGCCGCUGAUGAUGCAGCUGGCGCCUCCGAGGCCACUCACUCCCCACCUGCCGCCCAAACUAAUGAACAACAACAGGCCGUACAAAUUCCAGUAGUGCCAGCGGCUGGACAAUCAGCAGUAAAUGCACAGCCAGAGGAGCAAUUGCAGAGUGUUGAGCAAUCGUUAGUGCAGAGUGGUGUUAAUACAAAUAACGGCUACUUGCCACCAGCUAGAUAUUAUUACCGUUAA